ACCUUUACCGAAUUAUUGUCCCAGCGAUAAGUGUCUUCAUCGAGAAUGUGGCUGUCGGAAACCGGCGUCAUCGUCUGAGGCAUUUGCAGAGAGUGGGGAGACAUCUCCAGCUUUUGAACCCAUACCACCUUCAAAGUUUAGAACUUUACUUGCGUCAUUAGAUUCAAAAAUACACUCCAAGGGGAAUACGAGGGAGGUAAUAGGCGGGUUAGUUGGUACACACGUGGAGGAGAGAAAAGAACUAGGUUUAAGAAUAAAUGAGGGUAAGGAAAAGGAAGGAGGGGGAGAGAAAGAGAGAGGUUAUGAUACGAGUAGAAGUCGACUAUUGGCAAUUCUCCGAGCUUCCUCUGAGCCUCAAGAAAUGCAAACGAGACACUUACCUCCAUCAUCUUCCUGCAGUCCACCACCGUUACCUCCUCUGCCUCAAGCGUACGAGCACCAGGUCGCCAUGCUGGGAUUCUUACAGCAACACCGAAGACCAGCAACGUUCUGCUGCACUUCCGAUCAAAACGACUUCGAGCAAAGACCUUCCAGUCACCCAAGUCCGAGUUCCGGUGACAGCGACCUGCAGUCGCCAACAGUAAAAUCCAUAGAUUAUGGUAAGACUUCUUCAAGGUCGAAUACGAUUGAAGGAAGCAGAAAUAGGAAAGAGAAUGUUUCGUCUUGGAACGGACAGGGCGUAAGUGAUGAGAAUAACAAGGAAAGACUUAAAGUGCGUUCUCUCUCUGAUUGGCUUCACCUGGUUCGUUAUGGUGGCGGAACCAAUAAAGACACAGGUGGUACACAAAGCAAGGACUCGACUCCUCCCGUCAGCGCUUGUGUGAGUACACAGUCUUCACCAGGACCCAUUAGACGGGUCAUUAAGGACCCAUCACCUAAACCAGAAACACAGAAGAAAGAAAUCAGCUGUAUGAAAGAAUACCAGAAAUUAAAAAGGGAUAUUUUAGAAAGACGAUUCUCUUUGCCAGAGAGACAAUUAGAGCAGGCGUACCAACCGGAACAGAAGUUAGUAAAACCACCAAUGCUGCCAACUUCAGCACGUGAUGACGAACGACACGAGCAACAGUUAAAGUUGUUACAGCAGAGACAGCAACGUCAACAGAUGGUUAACAAAACACGACCUCCACUGCCCCAACAACAAAGCAAACAAAAAUCGACAGAGAGAGAAUUGGAAACGCAAGAAAUAUUCGUUCCUGUACGAGAAGAACAAAAGCAGGAAUCGAUUGUCGUUCAGGAAGAACAGCAUGUAGAACGUCGAUUCGAUGCUGAUAAUUAUCGAAUAUCGAAGAAAGGAGACAUUGCGAUUAUUAAUAGCAGUGUCACAACACGAGUAUCGAAAGACGAUCAAUCGAUUGUAGGACGCAAGGGAACUGAAGUGGAGAAGAACGUUAGGCAGAUGCAUCAGCAUUGCAAAUCACUGCAACGACCAAAGUCAAUGCCACCUCCUGUAGAAUCUCUAGUGACAGGUGGCGAGAUCUUCCGGCAACAGAUGUAUUUAGAGUACAUGAACGAAGUCGCAGAGAGAUCUCAGAGACGACGACAGAAAGUAAUUCGACUGUCAUCUGUUCCACGUGACGAAGCCCCGGCGUCGGAGGGAAAAGACGCCGCCCCUGCCGCAACUGUACAGCAGCUGGAGAACGAGUUCAUGGGAAAAGUGCGGGAGAGAAUGGACAAGCUAGGACUCGAGUGCGAAGAAGUGUUCGAUGAUGGGACACAGAACGAAACGGAGAGUGGGACAGACAAUUGUUACGUCAUAUCGGGUGGAGGGGCGAGUCACGGGGUCGGUGGUGGGGGUACUUCUGUCAGUCAGCUACCAAAGCAUCUGCAGGAGUUCCUGGUCUUCGCCGGCGCAACCGAUAGUGACGUCAACAGUGACGUAGACGGAACGAGAAGGACUCGCGGUGGUGAUUCUGGUGGUGAUACUGCCUGUAGCCUUCUGAACGAGAUAGACCAGGCUCUGAACCUUGCCCGAGGCUUUCUCACGGCUACCACGCAAUCAGGAGUUUGGUCGCCAUCUCUAAAGCCAUCUAGCGGCAUAACCGAAGACUCUGACGCUAAGAAUAAUCAGGAUAAGAGGACGGAGGGGGACGAUGCGCCCCCAGUGGUUUGGACCCCUAAGAGUGCCGGCGCCAGUCCUACCACAGAGCGGAAGGAGUUUCGGCCAAUCAGCUUCCAGUCUCCAACACUGCCAAGGAAGAACAGGAGUGCCACCUCUGACGUGAGUUUGCAACUGGGCAUUAAUGAACUCCAACCUAAAAAAAAACAAAAAAACACAGGGUUACUCGUUUUCAGAUAUUUUCUUUGUUGUACUUCAUAAUUCCUAGUAGACAUC